AUGAGUGUGCAAACAGCUACGCAAGCAGAGGCUCGAGUGAAUGUGGCGCUGUGUAGUACAUGCAAUAGAAGUCACCACAGGGAUGUACUGUGCGAGCCUAGGAGGCAACAUCGUGAACAUGAACAACCUCAGAAUGGGGGGGGGGGGGGGGUGAUGGCCGGCAACGCGACUCACGUGGCAGAUGGUGAGAAUGGAGAUGUUGAAGUAUCAGACGAGGAGGAGGACGGCAGUUCAGAGUCGGAGGGGGAAAUAGAAGAGCAGCCAAUGGAUGCGGGUGCUGGUGUCCAACAGGCUGUCCCAUCAGUACUUCGUGAAGUAUUUAAGGAGGCAUUUAACGGACUUAAUCAUUCGGGAAACAAUGGAAACAUGCGCUCGGGGGGUGUGGGAUUAUCAAAUCCAACAACAGCAGAGAGUGGGGGAUUGGGGGAGAUGGGAGGAGCAUCCGAGAGUGGAGGAUUGGACAAGCGGGGAGGAGCAGGCGAUAGCGGGGCGGGGAGGGGAGGAGAAGAAAGCGGGGCAGGGAGGGGAGGAGCAGCCGAGAACGAGGCGGGUAGGGGAGGAGCAGCAGGGAGCGAGGCGGGGAGGGGAGGAGCAGCAGGGAGCGAGGCGGGGAGGGGAGGAGCAGUCGAGAGUGGGGUAGGGAGGGGAGGAGCAGCAGGGAGCGAGGCGGGGAGGGGAGGAGCAGUCGAGAGUGGGGUAGGGAGGGGAGGAGCAGCAGGGAGCGAGGCGGGGAGGGGAGGAGCAGUCGAGAGUGGGGUAGGGAGGGGAGGAGCAGCAGGGAGCGAGGCGGGGAGGGGAGGAGCAGUCGAGAGUGGGUUAGGGAAGGGAGGAGCAGCAGCGAGCAAGGCGGGGAGGGGAGGAGCAGUCAAGAGUGGGGUAGAGAGGGGAGGAGCAGCAGGGAGUGGGGCGGGUAGGAGAGGAGCAGCAGGGAUCGAGGCAGGGAUGGGAGGAGCAUCAGCAGGGACAGGGAGGGGAGGAGCAGCAGGGAGCGAGGCGGGGAGGGGAGGAGCAGCCGCGAGUGGGGUAGGGAGGGGAGGAGUAGCAGGGAGCGGGGUGGGUAGGGGAGGAUCAGCAGGGAUCGGGGCAGGGAGGGUAGGAGCAGGGAGCGGGGCGGGGAGGGGAGGAGCAGAGAGCGGGGCCGGGAGGGGAGGAGCAGCAGUGAGUGGGGCGGGGAGGGGAGGAGCGGCCGAAAGUGGGGCGGGGAGGGGAGGAGCAGAAAGUGGGGAUGGGAGGGGAGGAGCAGCAGUGAGUGGGGCGGGGAGGGGAGGAGCAGCAGGGAGCGGGGCGGGUAGGAGAGGAGUAGCAGGGAGUGGGGAAGGGAGGGGAGGAGCAGUGAGAGGGGCGAGGAGGGCAGGGGCAUCAGGGAGCAGGGCGGGGAGGGCAGCGGCAGGGAGCGGGGCAGGGAGGGGAGAGACAGCCGAGAGUGGGGUAGGGAGGGGAGCAGCAGGGAGCGGGGCGGGGAGGGGAAGUGCAGGAUGGAGCGGUGGAGUGACGGGGCGGCCCUCUCCUCAUGCACCGCAGUUGACACCGCCCGCUGCAGACCCGCCAUCCUCACGGGCGGAUCGUACGCCCCACCACCUCCGCGACCGCGGAGACCCCACCAGCGACCGCGACCGCCGCGGUUCGCGUGCCACUGGGCCUGCUGAUGGUGGCGACGGGGAGAAUUGCGCCGGCGCCGUGAGGACUCACGAUCCUGGUGGGGAGCGGGAGAAUGGGGGCGAGAUGGGCGGCGGCCAGGCGACGGCGGGCGAGACGGCUGCGCCACUGGAGCAGUGGGUGGCACCACGGGUGCAGCCGGAUCCCCAACCGGCGGCGCAACCAAUGAGGCCGGGCCGCCAGUGGUGGCGGACGCUGCCUGCGGGGACGAGGCAGAGGCAGGAGUCGGCAACUCAGGCGCGGCAACAAGUCCCGCAGGCGCGGGAGCCGAGGGGUCGGCGACAGACUCCGGCGGUGCAGCAGGGGGCGCCUGGGGAUCAGCCGGCACAGCCGGGGCGGACGGCACAGCAGCAGCAGUUGCAGGAGUCUGAGCGACAACAGUCGCAGUUGAACCAGGCGCAUCCGUGA